AUGACGAGGUACGGCGAAGAUUACGAAGGAGGAUCGAAAUCGGGCGGCUUUCAACAGAGGCACGCCUGUGAUUCGUUCGUGUGCACGCUUGACGUGAAAUAUGAGCUUAUUGUCGCCUCUUCUCCGACACUGCCAAUGCGACAUCAGCCGCCGUCUGAUAACUCGGUAUUCGGCGGGCAACUCGCGAAUGACCAUGCUCGACUGAUUGAUUGA